ACGGCACCAAUGAUAGAUAACUGAACAGUACCCCACAGAUGACUCAAAGUAGAAACCGUUGUUUUACGACAAUCAGCUGGUGUGUAGUGUUAAAACUGACAAGGGCGUUUGAUUGUUAUUGUUAAUGUCCAAAUAUUUUGGCAAUGUCGUCUACUGCUGGGAAGGUAAUUUCCUGCCGUGCUGCUGUGGCAUGGGAAGAGAAUAAGCCUCUAUCUAUAGAGACAAUAGAAGUUGCACCACCAAAAGCUGGUGAAGUUCGUAUCCAGAUUCUGUCAACUGGUGUAUGCCACACAGAUGCUUAUACUUUGGAUGGGCUAGAUCCUGAAGGGGCUUUCCCCUGUGUAUUGGGACAUGAAGGUGGAGGAAUAGUAGAAAGUGUGGGUGAAGGUGUUACUGCAGUGAAAUCAGGAGAUCAUGUGAUUCCUUUGUACAUACCCCAGUGUGGAGACUGCAAGUUUUGCAAGUCGCCAAAGACAAACCUUUGUGGGAAAAUUCGUACAACUCAGGGUCAAGGCUUAAUGCCUGAUGGCACAACACGCUUCACAUGCAAAGGCAAAUCUUUGUACCAUUUUAUGGGCUGCUCCACCUUCAGUGAGUACACUGUUGUAGCAGAGAUUUCCAUAGCUAAGAUAAGUGACACAGCUCCUUUGGACAAAGUGUGCUUGUUGGGUUGUGGAGUUCCCACAGGAUAUGGUGCUGCCCUUAAUACAGCAAAGGUGGAGGCAGGUUCAAACUGUGCCAUCUGGGGUCUGGGAGCUGUUGGUCUUGCUGUGGCUAUGGGAUGUAGGACUGCUGGUGCCAAAAGGAUUAUAGGCAUUGAUGUCAACCCUGCUAAAUUUGAGACAGCCAAGAAAUUUGGUUGUACUGAAUUUGUGAAUCCCAAGGAUCAUGAGAAGCCAAUCCAGCAGGUGAUGACUGAAUUAACUGACGGAGGUCUCGACUACACAUUUGAAUGUGUGGGUAAUGUGGGAACAAUGAGGGCAGCUCUCGAGUCUUGCCACAAGGGAUGGGGUAUGUCUGUGAUUGUGGGAGUGGCUGGCUCAGGCCAGGAGAUUAGCACACGCCCCUUCCAGCUGGUUACAGGUCGCACAUGGAAAGGGACUGCAUUUGGAGGGUGGAAGAGCAGGGACAGUGUUCCAAAGCUGGUGGAAGAAUAUUUGAACAAAAAGAUCAUGUUGGAUGAAUUUGUGACUCACAACAUGCCUUUUGAGAAUAUUAAUGAAGCCUUUGACUUGAUGCAUUCUGGAAAGAGUAUUCGUACUGUUGUGAACUUCCAGCUAUGAAUGAAGAUUCCAAUGUGUAUGGAUAAACAUCCGACAUUUACACACGGGUUAUGUUACUAAUUGCAGGAACUGUAAACAGAACUUGGUUAAAUUGUAAAGUUUGAGCCUGAGUGCUUUGUAUCAAGUAUUGUUUUCUAAGUAAAAGGAAAUAAAAAUAUGGGCAUUUUGUAUGCAACUUUUUUAGGAUCUGGUA